AUGUCUCAUAUCCCGAAUAUGGUCCAUGCUGGCCAUCGUUACGCGUCCCGGGGUGGGACAAAGUCUAUCGAAAAUUUCAUUUGCACACACCCCAUUACCCAGAAUCUGCGAUCCAAUCGCAGGUUCACUGAGUCGCGACCUCAUCUCCAUGCUCCAGAUAUUCUGCGAGGGAAGAGUCUUCUCGGUGGAUCCCUCGCAGGAUCCGACAAGAUAACCGUGCCACCAUAUAUAUUUAAGGAAAACAAUGGAAAGAGGUGUGUGAUGAUGAUGCACCUCGGUAGCGACGUCUGCAGUCAUCCAGGUGUCGUUCACGGCGGGCUUCUGGCAACCUUACUAGAUGAGAGCUUUGUAUGGUGCUGCUUUCCUCGCCUUCCCGAGAAGGUUGGGGUAACGGCAAACUUAAGUGUUGAUUAUCGAGCACCAGCGUUGGCAGGCUCGUACAUUGUUCUCAACGCUGAGAUUGUCAAACUUGAGGGCCGCAAGGCUUGGCUAGAAGGCCGAAUUGAGACUUUGGAGGCUGGUGGUGCAGACUCAACCUUGAUAGCGGAAGCUCGCGCACUUUUUGUGCAGCCAAAACAAGCUGCUGUGAGUAUUUCCAAGCUUUUGAGGGAGGAAAAGCAAAGUUGA